AUUCGUCGGCGCGCCAGCAACGGAAACACUUAUUUAGCUACGCGCAGUGUACGCCGCACUCUCUGUCUAUCUUUACUUUCGUUUUCAAUCAAGUCGCCGAUUCGUACCCGGAUUUACUUCCUGGAUAGUUAUCGCGAAGAAUUUUCACGUUAAUCACGGUGAAAGAUACGGAGAUCUUUGUGACAUUUACAAUUUUCGUACAAAUCCAAGUACACUCGACUCAGUGUAAAAAGCAAGAACUUGAAGAGAAUUUGUUCUCAAAUGAUCAACAAGAAUAAAAGUGAUCAGUGCGACGAUUUUAUUUUUCAUUUGUUAGAGUGGUUUUCUAUUUAAUUCUUUUAUUUCUUAAGAUUUAUAAAGAGAUAAAUGAUAUAUAGAGAUGUGCUAACAUAUAAUUGAGAUAAUAAAAGAAAUUUUAUAAUAAAAAAAAAAAAACUGUGACCACAUGCUGAUAAAAAUGCAUUGAAUCUUAGAAAAUUCAAACGUUAACGAGAUAAAGCUCGGUCUUAAAAAACAUGAGAUCCGCCAGGGCGAUAUUGUUUCUUUCGCUGGUGUAUGUAGUGUUCACUGCCGUGCAAGGAGAAAUAUCUGCGCAGUCCACAUGUGGUCGUACAAAAUGCAAGAUUCCGUUGGAGAAAAAAUUCAAAUAUCAGGAAGGUAUCUAUUACGUUUAUACUUAUUCUGUUGACGUGAGUACGAAUCUAGGCUAUCAGCAGUCGUUAUCUCAUCAGUCGCAAAAUGAAUCUUCGUUGCACAUCGAUGCCACGCUGUACGUGUACUUCAACAGCCCCUGCGAAGGCACUUUGAAGAUUCUGAACACCACCAUCAGCCACAAUCGCAGCACAUACAAUGUCGAAUUCCCGGACCGAGCUGGUUCCGAAUUCAACACCAGACUCGAACGCUUCGCGUUGAGAUUUACUUUCGACGAUGGGUUGAUUCAUGAACUGUGUCCCGACCGGCAAGAGCCGGUCUGGGUGUUGAAUCUGAAGAAAGGUAUCCUGUCGAUGUUGCAGAACAGCAUGCGACGCUUCGACGUGGAUUAUCACGGCAAAGAGAUAGACGUUUACGGCGCCUGCGAAACCGAGUAUCGGUUGCACGAGGCAAAGAAGACCAGUCUGAUCGUGAAGAAGAUCAAAAAUCUGGCCGACUGCCAAAGCGGUCCCAAGUACUUCUCCAUCGUUCAAUCGAAUUCCUACAAAAGCCCGCGAAAGCAACGCGGCCAGCACGGCUUGUUCAAGUCUCACAGCAACUGCGAGAUCGUCAUAGAUCACAACAUCUACGAGAGAGUGGAAUGCGAAGAGAUGUGGUUGUUGCAACCGUUGUCCACAGGGCACAAAACCGGCGCCAAGACCGAAUCCAGAACAGUUCUUCAAUUGAUUCAAGAAACAACGGACGCUUACAGAGAAUUCGAGGAGGAUACAAACAGCGACGAAGAAAAUGAAGACAGAAAUUUCGUUGCAGACGCGCCUCAUGCGCACACGAAGAGAACCACGUUACUAUAUGACCACGCGAAAACGUUGAAGACCAUGCACGGCGAGCUGCGAACCUCUAGAGAUUUGCUGAAGAGUAUGUGCAAACUCGUGACUAACAUCAACGAGCUGCAGCCGAGAUACUCCGAGAUGUUCACCAGUUUCGUCCGUUCGGCUCGUUUUCUAGAUUAUCCAUCUCUGUCACAGCUGCUCGCGAGAGCUAACACCAUUUGUGCAAACGGAAAAAAGCACAUUAUUGCUGCGCUGCCGUAUCUAAACAGUAAUGCUGCAGUGAACGUGAUGAAGGAUCAGAUAAGAAAAGGAUCAGUCAAUCACGACAUUGUCAAUGAUUGGAUUAUCACUUUUGCAUUGUUCCCGCAACCGGAUCGCGACACCAUUAAAAUUCUUUCGCAACUGACAAACAUUCAGACUCAAAUACCUCAUGUUCAGUUUAUUCUCAGCUAUUCCACUAUUAUUCACACGUAUUGCAAAAGUAAUGACGUCAAUUGCAUCGGUAUACAAGAGGUGGAUAAGUUCCUGUUACAUCUUCAGGAAAAAAUCUCGCACGGCUGUAGGGCUCAGCCUCACACUCCGCUCGUGACAAAAGAAACGUUAGAAGCUUUGAAGGCAGUCGGUAACAUGGGACUUGAAACAAAAAGUUUACGAAGUGAGUUAAAAAAAUGCAUUGACGACGCUAGCGGAUUUGUAUCUAUGGAAGUUCGCGUUGCCGCCAUCGAUGCUUACCGUAGACUGCCGUCUUGCGAAGAGACUCGAGAUCAAUUUUUUCUCGAUUAUUAUCGCAAUACGACAUUGGACACGGAAAUCCGUAUUGCUUCGUACUUGCAAGUAAUGCGAUGUCCCAAUUACAAUGUCAUUAAGAUCAUCAAGCAUGCUCUCAAGAUGGAAGAGGUCAAUCAAGUCGGUUCUUUCGUAUGGAGUCACUUGACGAAUCUCUACAAUUCCGCCUCACCCACCAGAGUCGAAAUUCAGAGUCUGCUGACGGAUCGAGACCUCGACAACAAGUUUAACAGUGACAUCAGGAAAUUUUCGCGCAAUUACGAGAAUUCUUUCUUUUCCGAGGAGUUCAAUAUUGGUGCGAAUUAUCAGACAAAUCUGAUAUUCUCGCCGAAAUCGUAUGUGCCGCGAUCGCUCACGUUGAACGUAACCGCCGAUAUCUUCGGGGAAUCGAUGAAUCUGUUCGAAAUUACCGCGAGAAUGGAAGGUCUCGAACAAUACGCGGAAAAUCUUUUCGGUCCGAAUGGCAUUUAUAGCAACGAAAAAAUGUCGCAUCACUUCCAGAGCUUUCUUAGACGUUUUAGAUCAGCGUCGGAAGAAAACGAAAAUUACUUGAAUGGUGUAAAACGACUGCCGAAUGUUAUCGACAACAAUUUUGAUCAUCCGAAGAUUAGUUUCGGCUAUAAGAUAUUCGGAAACGAGUUGAAGUUCAUAAUGCUCGAUGGCGAUAAGCAAGUAAUGACCGCGCUGGCAAACUUCAAUCCCUGGCAGAAGAUAAAGGAAUUCUUGGCCAUGCAGGAAAUUCUCUAUGAAAAGACCGGAAUGUUAUUGGAUUUGUCUUAUGUUAUACCAACAGGGUCUGGGUUACCGAUUCGUUUGGAUAUCGCCGGUUCCACGGCUUGUAACUUAAAGAUCUCGAAAAUGCUCAACGACGCUCGACUUUCAGAAAAAGAGUUUCAGCUCACUGCCAAUAUCGCUUCUAGUAUAAGUUUUGAUACGAUGAGCACAAUGACAGUGGACGCCUUCUACAAGUCCGCUGGGCUUAAACUACGCACAAACGUUUAUUCUUCGGGAAAUGUACAGCUUCACGUGAACGUAAACGGCACCCGUUUGGUGCGCGUGAGUCUGGGUUUACCAAACCGUAAACUAGAGAUAUUUUCGCUGUUCUCGGACGUAUCUCUAAUAAAACGUAACGGUGCCGAGAUUGUGGAGAAACCGCUGGGUAUCUUACUAACGGCUCAGAAUCAGAAGAACUCGCGACACCUCGCAGUUGUGCCCAAAAACGUUAUCAGCAACACCACCUGCACCUGGGCUGCUCUGGACAAACUAAUAGGCCUAAAGAUGUGCAUCGAUUAUCAAUUUACAAACGCGACCAAAAUGUUCAAUAUUCCUAAUUUCGUUCUGAACGGGCCCACGCUUUUCAAGAUCUCUUUAAACAAAGCCGAUCCAACUGCUAAGAACUUUGUGUUAGAAUAUAAAUGGAACAAAACUGAGGAGCACAACACUUUCAAGUUAAUGUUCGACACACCUGGCUCACAGAUAAACAGAGAAAUAAGCGCUAUUGUCGCUUUUGAUGUAAUAAAGAAUAAUAUUACUAUUCUGCUUCAUUCUGCUGGCAACUCUCUGAUUGCUAAAGGAACAUAUAAGCGUACUGAGGAAGAGACUUUCAUAGACAUUGGUUUCGAUAUCAAUGGUACGAAGCACUUGGACGCCAGUUUAGGUUACACGCAAAAAAAGUCUAAUCACGGCUACACUUAUUAUCCCAGAGUUUAUCUCACUGUCAAUAGUGAGCGUGUCGCUGCUCUUUCUGGUACUAUCAGAAAUGCGCAUAAAAACAACGUCUCACAGUUUGACAUAGAUCUGACUUUUCAAACAAAGCGAGUCUGGAGCAAAUUAGUUGGCUACGUUGUUAAGCGGAAUACCAGCUUGGCCGGCGACUUCCAGUUGGAUUAUCAGGUGCAACGUAUGCCGAAGAAAGAAAGUCUUCACUUAGAGAUCUCGAUAUCAAAUCGCUCGUCGAAAACUCUCACGCACAAAACUGCCGAUCUGAAGCUCCAAUCCACUGCCUAUCCGCAACUCAAUACUGCCGUUAGCGCCUCGUAUCAACAAGCUCUUGGUCAUUUAGAACUACAUGUCGAAGUGAAUUGCAAUCCGCAUCUCAAGGACGACCGGCACAAACUUACGGCGCAGCUCAUCGUUUCUUAUUCAAAAAUGUACUUUCAGAAUCAAGGCACAAAAGUGAGCGCACUGAUUGCCGUCACUAAACCGAUACAGAAUUUGGACAUCAAAGUGGGCGUGAAUCAUUACUAUCGUAGCACCGAAUCAAAAACCAGUUUGCUCAUAGGAUAUGCACCAGGUAAGGAGAUCAGUUUAAUCGUUAACAUUAUCAUGCCACGAGGUCUAUUGUUCUCCAUGGAGGGUCACAUGAAUCUGACAAUUCCGACUUUCAAUUCGAUGCUAAUCGACGCGCGUAUCAACGAGCACACGCGGAACGAAUAUGAGCUUGACUUUUCCGGAACGUGGUUUAGCGGUCACAAUAUGACCGCGCGUGGCGCUUACUCCGAUCGAUCAGCAGGUGCUAUUGUCAACCAUCACCUGAAGAUGUUGCUUAACUCACCGAGUUUCGUUAGUCCGAUUUUGCUCAACUGUCAGUUGUAUCAGAACCACAGCGAUCUCAGAAUCAGCCUCCUCGCUGAUCAACCGGACUACGACAAAUACACGUUCGUGUUGAAUCACACGAUAUUGUCGGAGACUAUUAUGAUGUCCUACGUGGAAGCUAGAUGUCACGGUAAUGUAUACUCGAUAAUGACAAACGUAGACACCACGCGAGAAAUCCGAUUAGAGUUGCAUCUGGACAAAUGGAGGGAUGUGCACCUGACACUGAGUGGCAUCAACGAAGAAGUUCGACAGGAAUAUGCUGCGGAAAUCAAAUGGGAUGCUAACAGGGAUCCUGCGUUGAAAGUGGGCACAAUGUUGCAGUUAAGCAGAGUAUAUCUGACGGAUGUAUCUCCACCAGGAACCGAGCAGAACAUAAUAAUAACGUUGACUUACCCAGGUCGACUAGUGACUGCUUCGGGUAACUUUAUUAUUCAUAGUGUACGCGGUUAUCUGGCUAACGCGGCUCUAGAUUGGGAUCCUGACAAGGCGAUCAAGGUGAGCAUCGGUGCAAAUUGCGACGUGCAGCCAGAAAUGACUUACGUCAAGUUAGAGUCGCAGCUAUUGACGCCUUUUGAACAGUGGACAAAAACCGCUUUGAACGCGAGAUAUCUACAAUUAUCCAACAAGAUCGUCGUCAGCAGCAGCGCUCACUGGAAAGACUCUCAGCACGUGACGAUGGAUUUAUCUGCUAGCAUGGGCGAGCUCGGAGAUCUGAAAGAAUGGACGGCAAACUGCGGCUUUAGUAGCAGUCUCCAUACCAAUUCCUCGAUGAUUGUGAACAUUACGCACAAAUUGUUACGCUCACAGACGGCGGAUACCCAUUUGGUGAUCAAGUACGAUCCUGACAAGACUAUCGAUGCACGUAGCAUCUGGCAUUUGGACAGGGAGGGUUCAUCGAACGAUGUGUUCAAUCUGACCGGCAAUUUGCAUCUUUAUUCACCCUUAGUUAACUAUCGGAAAGGCGAACUGAAGUGUCAGUUACGUCUGAUGACUAACUGGAAAUUCUUCGGAGCAGCCAAUCUCGAUAUAGACAAACGCAAAUAUAGCGGUCAGUUGGUCGGUGAUCUAGUACGUUGGAAGGAAUCCAAGAUAGAAUUUAAUGUCACCACGCCGUUGGAAAAAUUUACCUUUAUACGAGGUAAAUUUGGUCUGUCAGAGAGCAAUCGUCACGUGGUGGCGAAGAUCGUUACACCGAACGGUCCAAUAGGUAUCGAAGCUAUCUGCCAGAUUCUCACUGCCAUUUAUGACUUCAACAUUAAAUUGAUGAUAGGAACGCCUAUUGAAUUACUGCAAAAAGCUUUCGUGGUGGCCAAGUUAAAUCGGCGCGAAGCGGACUUCAGGAUCGGUUACAACAAUAUCACAGCGGGCUUCCUAGGCACUUGGCAUUAUCACAAUAUAACCGAUUUUGAUUAUAGCUACAUAAUUCUCACGCCUCUGGAAGGUUUGCAGGAAUGCGGUGUGAUCACCAAGCUCAUAGUGAUACGUACAAAGCGUGAAAAUAUGUUGGAUGUAGACACGGAGUUUUCAGUAAGGAUAGCGGACACCAAGCUCGGUUUCAAAGCUAAAGAAGGACCAAAACCUCCGCCUGUUAAAAUUCCGUUGAAAAAGGGAAUAGCGAUAUCAACGGAGACUAAUCUUCAAGCUAAUGAGUCGGCAGAAGAAGAAGAAGAAGAAGAAGAAGAAGAAGAAGAAGACGAUGGUCUUUACUGGCGUGGAGAAGUGCAGAUAUGGACUGCAAUACUUCCAAACAUUUUGGGAAAUCUGGAUAUUGACACAGAAGGCGAUAAUUACAAGAUUCUAAGCACCGUGAAAUUACCAUUUGGAAAUAUCUUUAUAGACGACACUUUUACGAUAGAGGAUGUCUUUCAUAUAAAAAAUGAUCUACAUAUUGAUCUGACGUUUAGCAACAUCAGAGAGAUAAAGUCAUCGUACAAUUUUGUCAUUGACUCGGAUGAUCUAACAACUUAUCUCAUGGAAAUGAGCGUAAAUGUCAGAAAACAAACUACAUGGAUCGAGACUGGAUUUCAUGCUAAUUAUUCGCAUCAAUACGUGAAUAAAACAGUGACACACAUGAUGAAAUUCAAUGUAAAGACACCUUUAGAUUUUCUAAAAGAUUUACGUACUAACGUGAUCGUAGAAAUUGAAGGCAAUCGAUAUAAAGGUACAGCCACAAUUCGUGGAAACAAAUUAAUCAUAGAUCUAUUCGGAAAUAUAAUGCUAGAAGAAGCUUUGUUCGACGUGAUAGCUUCGGGUGCGAUUAAUUCGUCCAUUUUAAAAAUUCCGAAAACUGAAAUUGCCAUGAAGAAGAAUUUCACCGGAAGUAACAAGGAAUUCAAAUUCAGUGCAGGGAUGGCAGAGCCUGUAUCAAAAUAUAUAUUAUUUGAGUCUGGUUGGCAAACUGACGAACACUUUGUGAGAGCGUCCGCGAGAUUAAAGAGCUGGAUAAAAGCUCUCGAAUCAUUAAGAACCGAGAUUCUUUUCAAAAACGCAAUUCGCGUAAAUAACACCGCCGAAUUGGACGUACACGUGACUCAUCUCGAUAAUCAAGAUUACCAGCUAACCGGUAAUUUGAGUAACGGCAAGAUCAAUGCUCAACUCUAUACGCCAUUGUCAAAUAAAUCGCACUUCGAGUUUAACGGAGACUUAAGAAUGAUCAACGAAUCUUUGUACGAUGUUAGAGGAGAAUUAAAAAAUCAGCUGCAAGCAAAAGUUUAUGACGUUAGUUCUGUUAUCUUUACAAAAGCUGACGAUCUGAUUUCGAUAGAUGUAACAGCUUUACCAAAAACUGCGAAUACCGAUCAAAUUAUUUUGCGGUUUAAAAAAAAGACAUACGGUCUUCUGUUGGAUAUAGAUAGCGGAUCUUUUGUCAGCAAUCUUGACGCAAAUAUUAUCAGUAAAGUGAAUUGGGACGUGAGAAUGCACACAAAUAUAAAAAAAGCUUAUCAGGUUGAUUCUUACAAUCUGACCACAUUUAUGAACGUCAUGGUCAAUGGCAAUACCACUUUGUAUGUUCACGCUGACACACCGUGGAAUGACAGCAAGAUAGUCACUCUAUUCGGCAACAUGAUGCUGACCAACACGAGCGGUGACGUCCGGCUGAAUCAUCAACUGAACAACGAUCGAUCGCACACAGAGAUGGGUUGGAGCCUGAUUUAUAUGGAAAAUAUGUUCUUGAAAUUAAUCACAAAUUACGAUACGGUAAAUCUAGGCAAGAAGGAUCUGUUCACUUACAUGUUCUUCAAGAAUCCCGGUCGACUGUAUAGAAAUCUCGACAUGGGUUUCGAUGUGAACAUCGAUCAAAAGGCAUGGGAGUUCGCAACAAACGCGACUUUGGGUUUUCGUAAUCAGAAUAUUGACGCGGUCUUCGUAGUCAAAUUGCCACCUCCGAAUAAUGAUGAUCAUCGAUUUCUGAUUAGCUAUCACACUACUAAUAAUAUGCAGGACAUUUCUUACGUGGUGGGUUACAACGCAAUUCAAGCGAAAAAAAAUUACGCUUCGGACGGAUCGCUUCAUAUGAUUACGCGUAAUAUCAACGGACAUUUCCGACUGACGUGGGGAGUUUUGCCCGCGCAAUCUAUAAAUAAUCUCUUCAACAUUACCUUUGACAAGAAAGAGCUCGAACUUAGAUAUUCCUUGUACACGCCGUUAUUUAUGCAAGACGAAACUGUCGUGCUUCUCUUCAGUUACGACGCUAAUUCUGACGAACAAACUCUCAUCAACGCCGAUAUUUUCUAUCCUCAUAGUAAGCGGAUUGCAACGGCAAGAAUAUUUUAUGAAAGUUUGAUUAACGUUAAUGGAACACUCAACGCUACGAUAUCAUUUGAGCGUAUGUCGUACGCCGGUUGCAAUUUUAUUGUAUAUACCACUCUUAAACAAAAUAAAAGAUUUAUCGAGUUGUUUUGGUUAAAUAAUACGGCCGUGGUGAAUUCCGAUUACACCUAUCACAGCGAGCGGCUGGAUUCGAAUUUGGAAGGUGUUCUACAUGUAGAAGUUCCGCUGACAGCUCGUCAUAUCGGUCAUUUGACUUACGGCUACAAAAAACGUCCCCAAAUCAGCACAGGUCAUUCGAUUCUAAUGUACAACAAUAAAGAGGUUCUGCGAGCUCAAUACAACUCGAAGAGUGAGUCCCAUGCUGGUUUCGACAAGGAUCGCAUUGACAUCACCAUAGAGAACAUUUGCAAACCUAUUGGCGUCGUUUACGUCAAUCAGUACGAGUACAGCGCCGGAAACGAGGGUACUAAUUAUCCUACUACCGAAUACAAACACGUCAAUAUUUACCGGCUGGACAAUAGCUCGCUCUUCAACAUCACCGGGGAGUCUAGAAUCCGGACCACCCAUACAGGUCAGAACAUCCAUUUGAAAGCAAUCAAUUUAAACAAGACGGUUCAGUUUAAGACCAACUACGACGUACUGCUCGGUGAGUUUGACCAAAAUACUUGGAUAAGUCUGGCCGAAAAUGUUUGGAUCUCCUAUCGCGUAAACAUCGUAAACAAGACUACUGACGACAUGGAAAAUCAGUUUCUCAUUCUCAGCGUUUCCUAUCCUCAAAGGAAUUUUACGCUGAACGGUUUCUAUAGAAUUAUCUUCAGUGAAAUAAAUUCCGAAGCGACCUUGAAAUGGGAACGGGACGACCAGAUGUCUAGAACUGUCGGCGCUGCGUUCAAUUGGAUAAAUGACACCGACAGUCAGCAGGCGAUGCUACUUUUCCAACAUCCGACUUUUGAGAAGAACGUUAAGUUGAAAGCCGUGUUGCUACAGAAAGAUCGACGAGAUCUAUUGAACAUGAAGUUAUCCGCGGAUUAUUCUACCGAUGAAAAUAAAUUGUUGACAUUAUCCGCUUUGUUGAGAGACGAGAGCGACGUGUCCAGUAUGAAAUACGUGUACAAGAUUGUUAGCAAACAUGUAAAUACUAGAUUGGAUCUUGAUGUCGAAGGUUUUGUUCACAGACAAAAUUACACGCUUUUCGAAACGGUAAAUCACGCGCAGUACGAACGCGGUUAUCUGUCGCUCGAAACUGGAGAACUGAUCGGUCGAAUUGAUCGAGAAUCACGGGAGAUCACUUUCCGGCGGGUGAACAAUGACGUCAUUAAGUAUCUCGCAAUGGGUUAUUAUCCUUCGCCCUCUCGAUACAUUGUAAACGGGAGUGUUAUCAACACGCCAGAACUCAACGCUACCGGAUUUUUCUUUUUGGACCCGACAGAGAAACUCACGUGGAUGAUGGUAAAUUAUACUCCCGACGCAAUAGUGAGUUUACGAAUGUACGGUAACAUCCCGGAUGUGCGAAACGCGAUAUUUAACAUUUGGAGAACAUACGACGACGACUUGUCAAUAUCGGACGUUUCUUUCUACUUAAAGCUGAAUCACUCGAGACUCGUCACGUCAACUUUGCGAUGGCGACCCGAACUGAAGAGUGACAUUGUCAUGACUAUAAAAACGACCUUCAAUGAAAUGUGCGAAAGCGUAAACAACGACGUUAAUUAUUGGAAGCAUUACAUAAAGAGCGAAGUCGCAAAGUGUGUAACGGAUGUGUGGGAAGACGCUCAGCAGGAUAUCUUCGGAUUCCUUGAUGACUGGAACGAUUUGAAGUUUCUCGAGCACGACUUCGAAAAUCUCAAAACGUACUUAAACGACUCCUACAAUGCCAACGACUUCUACAUCAAAGACAUUGUCGGUUUCGGCAUUUAUGUCAUUGACGAAUUAUCUCUGCGAAGUCACAUCGAGUCUUUGCCGAACAUCGUGAAUGAAAUUUGGGAGAUAAUGGGUGAAUCCGGUGAGGCGCUGCGAAAGUCGUUGCUGUGGCUGAUUGAAACUAUCAAAAACGCUUACAACAAGACCUCCGAGAUCAUCGCGGCUGUGCUUAGAGGCGAAUCGGUGUCGCAGGUGGCGGACAUAAUCGAAAAAUUGAUCGAGAAAUACGACAUGUUCAUCAAGGAUCUGCACGUCUCUUUCAUUACGUACAUAGAGAAUCUUUGGAACACAAUCUUUUCGUCAUUAUCGAAACAAUGGGAUCGUUUUCUCAAACUAAUGGAACCUGUAUUCAUCCAGUUUAUUCACUAUUUGGAAUCACUCGUCUGGAAGGCGAGCAAAGAAGUGCUGGACUUUCUGUACGACAGAAAACAGGAGCUCAUUAUGUCGCCGUAUUUCGACCGCUUCACCAAUUUCACGCACGACAUCGACAAGAUUUAUCGCGACAUCAAGGCGAACGACAUAGUCACCAAUGUGUACAAGUACUCGGGUUUACUGAUCGAGUUUGUGAAGGAACGUUACUUCACUUUCGUGCCGUUCGGCAAGGAGCUCCAGCAUGUCGUUGACGAUAUCGUGUCGGAAUUAAAGGAACUUCGUCACUUGCCGUCGGUUAACUACGCUCUUGACAAGUUGGGACAAUUGUACGACAGGAUCAGUUAUUUCUUCGAAUAUUUUGAUGUCAAGGCAAAGCUCGAGAGCAUAAUCCGGCUAAUACACUUGAAAAUGAUGGACAUCAGUCUGACGGCGUUGCAAGCCGAGAGUCGCUACAGAGAAGCCAAAACUAUGUUUAUCUUCGAUCCUAAUCAGGGAUUGAUGUGCUUAGAACAAAAGUUGCCCAUGUCCUGGCACGCUUUUAAUCAAACGCCCGAGUUUCAAGAGAUACCGGAAAUUAGAGCGAUCAUGGACAUCAGAAAGUAUUUCGUUGUCUCAAACACCACGUUCUGGAGUCUUUACUAUCAAUACAAGCCGUAUUCGGAACUGUCUAACUGGCUGCCGCCAUUCAAAGCGCAAGCUAUGAUCAUCGGUUCUCAGCAUUACGUUACUUUCGACGGCCGUUAUUUCGACUUUAUGGGAAAUUGUACCUAUUUGUUAGCGAAGGACUUUGUACACGACACUUUUGCAAUUCUGGCGAAAUACAAUCAGCAAGUCGAGGAAAUAACGCAUGAGAUUAUAAUAUUAAUCGGAAAUAAUGCUAUCGGAUUGGAUCUUCUUAAUAAUACAAUGAAGCUGAUCUCGCAAAAAUCGGGCAUCACGACCAAUUUGCUGCUGCCUAUCGAGCUGGACAACGGCACGACGUACGUCUACCAAACGGAGAACGUAAUGACGGUGGAGCGUAAGCACAAUGAAUUCCGGCUGGAAUGCAACCUCAAAUUCAAUCUGUGUAUCUUGGAAUUGUCGGGCUGGUAUUACGGAAAAACCGCCGGUCUUCUCGGCACGAUGAACAAUGAGAAAUUUGACGAUACUCUGGGAUCGAACAAGCUUUUGAUCAAAGACACCGGUAGUUUUGCUCACAGCUGGUCUAUCGGCGAGGAUUGCACCGACACGGCAAAUUACGCUAGCACAAUUUCGAAACAACAAAACGAUGUGGUGUCCAAGUUUUGCGAAGAGCUGUUUGUCAACAAGAGUUCGGAAUUUGGCAUUUGCUUCGGUGUGGUCAAUCCCGUCGAAUAUAUCGACAUGUGCAUGAGCAGUCCCACCGAGGCUGAGGCGUGCACAGUGGCGAUAGCGUACAUGCAAACAUGCAAGUUCCGCAAUACGUAUCUGCGAAUACCCGAUCGAUGCACCAUGUGUGCCAUGAUAGACGGCACUCAAGUAGCCGAAGGUCGUUUCAAGCGACUGGAAGGAGAAGAAGUUCCGCGUUCGGCUGAUGUGGUAUUCAUCGUUGAAGCAAAAAGCUGCAAUCGCGAUAUAAAACUGAAUAGCAGCAUGGAGCUGCUAAUUACACAGCUGAGCAAAGAGCUUAACGAACGGAAUCUCACGGGCAAUCGCUUCUCGCUAGUAGUUUUCGGAGGCGACGGAAUAUAUGACCAACCCAGAAGCAUUAUUCUCGACGGGCAGAUCUUCACAAAAAAUGUGGCGCGCUUUAUCGAUUACUUUGAUCAAGUGCUGAUCGGCAGCGGCAGUCAGGACAUCUUUGCCGCGAUCGGUUUUGCCUCGCGACUCGUCUUCAGGGCCGGUGUAUCCAAGAACUUUGUAUUAAUGCCGUGCUCGCACUGCGAGUCGGAAAAUCAAACGCUGGAAUAUUCAGUACUGCAUCAAGUGCUGUUAGAGCACGAUAUUACUCUGCACAUUUUGAUGGAUGGCGAUUUCGAGUUCGACAAGGAGAAGAUCAGUAAGAUCUUCUAUGGUCUGGACGCAACCAAAUCUUAUACAAAAAAGGAUGCCCGAGUAUUGGCUGGCGACGUAGAUCUGAGACGACAGGUCAAAUUUUCCAAAAACGUGUUGGGCUACUGUACACCGCUGUCGUUGGAAACAAACGGUACGAUAUUUAGCGGUCAUAAGCUGCGUCUGGAGAAAUUGGCAUCAAUCAAAAAGUUUGCGAGUGUCUUCUCAAAAAGGAUUGCUCUCACCGCUAAACCCAACACGUGCCAAUUCUGCGAAUGUAUUGCUGAUAAUAACGGCGUGACGCAAAUGGAAUGCGUGCCUUGUGUAUAUCCGACGCCUGUUCACGUAGAUUACGUGAGUGAACUCUUUAAUCUGAACGAGACGCUCUUGAUGAUACCACCCAUAGACGAUACAGAUUACGGUCAAAUUGAUAUAGAAGACGACUGAAGUGUCAAAAAACUUA